AUGGCUGAUUCCGACAUCUCUUGUUUCGGGCCUUCCCCGCCCAUCCUUUACCACAAUUUAGGUAUUGAUUACAUACCAACGUUUGAUCUCAAUUCGGAGCCUCUCUGGCCCGACGAAGAACCUUUCUCGCUCGACGAAGAAACUCUCCAUUUCUGGGACUGGCUCUCCUAUGAAAUGCUCGACAUUAUGCCUGUCGAUCCCUUUGAAGUGCGCAUGCGCUUCACCCAGCAGCUCCAGCAUCUCAGCGCCUCCGUCACCUCGUCCAAGAAAGCGGCGCAAUAUGCACUCAAGCACCGCGACCUGGAUGAGGACCUCCACUCAUGCAUUCUGGAGCAGCUGGAGAAAAGCAACAUGAACACUCGGGCCAAUAUCAUGUCCUUUAUUGAGCAAUUCUGUGAGAUGGCUGUAAAAGAGGACCACGAGCCUUACGUUCGGAUGAUGCAGCGUGACAUUCUCCGUGUUGUGGAUGCAGUCGUUCCCCCCGAUGGAUCCGGUGCAGCCAACAUCAAGCAUGUUCAACAUGUACUGGACAAUCUGCAACACAAGGAAAUCCUCUCCGCCGAGACUGUAGCUGAGAUCGAUGCCGCGCUCAAAGACCGCGAUACCCACCCCGAGCACUAUGACAACGACGAGGAAGGGGCUCAGGAGGAAAGCAGUCAGUCCAAGACUGGCAGCCCCCGCAACGUCAAGGCUCAGGGUAUGCGUCCGGACAAGCGAGAGAUCGAGCAGAGAGUCGAGGAAGAUCGCGAGCGCAACAAGCGUCUGAGAGAGAGCAUGUGGGCUGUCAGUGGGGAUACCCAGGAGGAAUCGCACCGAAACUGGGAUGCAGUUAGCGACACCAACUCGGAUGACAUCCGCGACGCUGAAGAAGAGGUCAUGGAGCAGGCCCAAGUGGCUGCCGAGAUGCGCGGAGAGCUCUGA